AAUAUUUCGGCGCUGUUGUGCAACCAGAUGGGAACAACCAAGCACCGCGCACAACAACAGCCAAACAACAACCACGCCCAGCCGCUCACCCCACCGCCCAGCCAUCCAUCGCCUCGGCAGACACCCCAACAUCGCUCUCACCUUGACUCAAGAAGCAGAAGAAGGAGAGAAGAACGGGAAAGAUGAAUGCGCUUGAGGCGGCCAAGCAAGGCCGCAAGGAACAGCUGGAUCGGCUGGAGAAGUACCUUGCGGGAGAACCAACAGUGUUUGUGAACCAUCAGGGCAAGGAGCUGGAAUUCACAUAUGACCCUGCUCAAUUAACAAAGGACAGAGACGCCGUCAAGGUGGAUUUUGAAGCGACACCCGUGUUCCUCAGCACUGCUGCCGAUGCCAGCCUCACCAAUGAGAUUGAUGAACUGCAAGAGCUGAUCGACCAGGGCGCGGACGUAAACUCGAGCAACGCUGAAGGUGUCACCGCACUUCACACGGCAUGCAUCGAAGGGUCAGUGAAGGUGGCCACGUUGCUUGUCAGAUCGGGCGCGCACGUCAACGCAAGAGACAUGGACUGGUGGACACCGCUGCACACGGCCGCCGCGUGCGGGCAGUGGCGUAUCGCCCGUCUCCUCAUCAACAACGGCGCUGAUCUCAGAGCAGUGACGGCGGAUGGUGAGCUUGCCAUCGACUUGGCUGACGAAGACAAAGUGCGGGAUCUUCUCUUGGCCGAGAUGGAGAAAGCAGGCAUCAGCGAAGGGGAGCACGAGCAGCUGAAGAGCAAACCUGCCGAUGACUUUAUGGAAUACGUCUCCUCCGUCAUUGAGAAGGGCAACGACAUCAACGAGCCAGAUGCAGACGGUGCAACCCUGGUGCAUGUUGCGGCGUGCAACGGGUGGAUUGAACCUCUCAAGCUGCUUAUCGCCAAAGGUGCAGAUGUCAACGCACAGGACCAGGAACUCAACACCCCUCUCCACUACGCGGCGUUCUUCCAACAGUACAAGGUUGUGAGUGAGCUUGCCAAGGCGAAGGCUGAUCCCCACAAGCUGAACCGCCACAAGGAGCCUCCACUGCACAUGACGGAGGACCCCACCAUGAUCCGCGCCAUCAACGCAAUCGAGUCGCCGUCAAAGGACAACAAGGCCGAGGACUUGCAGGAGAUGAGGCCACGCAGCGCAAGCACAAUCAAGCGCAAGACCAUCUCCCGUGCGGACAUCAAGAAGGUCGAGGCCAAGCAGGAGGCAAAACUCGCCGAGUCGAUGUAUGCUGAGAUCCGGUUUAAUGAGAAGCCACGACGCGAGAGCGAAUGGGUUGAGCGGGACAAGCGCGUUCAUUACGAGCCCGUUGUCUACGCAACGCUCGAAUUUGCGGGCUCAUCGAGCAAGCCGCCGGCGCCGCUCGCGGAGUCGGUCUCAUCAGAGACAGGCGGGAACACCAACAACGACGCCAACACUGGCAGCAGUGGUGACGGGUCCAAGAAGAAUCAGAACGAGGGCGCAAAUGGUGCCAGUGCUCACGCGACAGCAGCAAAGCCAGGCGCCAACGAUGCCGGUGCAGACUACGCUGACAUUGACAUGGAGGGCACGUCCUCGUCCUCUGAAACAGCGAAGAAGGGCUGCUGUACGCUGUUAUAAUCGACAGCACCACCCGUUCUCUCCCUGCUUCACGACAACUAUCCAACUGACCCCACCAUAGCUGUUCUGGUUUUUUCCUUUCCCGUACCCUCACUCGCUUCCUUUCCCGCUUUUGAUCUGCUCUGCUACUGUCUGUGUUGUUGCGACAUGCGAUGAUGGCGGAUACGAUGAUACAAUGAUGGUGAAGUGGUGUGUGUGUGUGUGUGUGUGUGUGUGUGUGUGUUUGCGCGUUUGCGAGCGUGUGCGUGUGUUGCGCGUGUGUACACAUGAGGGCUGGCUCCCUUUCUUGCCGCUUGCUUCUUCUCGUGCUGUUUGGAAUCGUUUGCGUUGUCGUCCUUUCCUUUUGCGUCUUUGUGGGUUGGAUUGCGUCUUAUCACCUCCUCCACGGAUGUGCCGCUGCUGUUGCUGUUGCUGUUGUUGUGUUACGACUCACACGACCACGACCACCAUGAUAUGAUGAUGGCGACGAUGUUGUUUGUUUAUUGAUGACGAUGAUGAUGUGAUAUCAUGACUGAACGUGAGUCAAAGCGCAUC